AUGUGGGAUGCGAUGCGAGGAGGGAAGGCCGCCCAUCGAGGCAGAGCCUUGGGAUCUGGUGAUGCUACGCACACGGGCGACGCAGAUCAGGAAUCGACAAUCGGUAUCCGAUACAAGCGACACCAUCGCGCCUGCCCUCUGCUCGCGCUCGCGCGCUACGACACCGCCAAGUACCAGGUACCUCCCGCGAGGUACCGACCCGGCCCAGCUGCCCUCAACUCCUCGCCCAAGCCCCGACCCCCAUCCACUGUCUGGUCCGUCUCAGCUAAUCCGCUCCACCACCACUGCACCACCCCUUCCCUGGCCCUUUCGAAGGCCUUUGCCCCAGGAUCCAUGCUUGUUCGCCAGCGGCAGUGCCAGGAUAGGAUCCUCCCUCCCAUCGAGCCAUCGUAA